AUGGCCAGUCAUAUCGACCUUGCAGAAUACCUCUUCAGGAGGAUUCAUCAAAUUGGAGUCAGAGCCGUUCAUGGCGUUCCGGGAGACUACAAUUUGACCGCCCUCGACUAUGUCGAGCCAGCAGGCCUUGCCUGGGUUGGCAAUGCCAACGAGCUCAAUGCGGGAUAUGCUGCCGAUGGUUACAGCAGGAUCAAGGGAGCUUCCGCCCUGGUCACCGCUUUUGGCGUGGGUGAACUCUCUGCAAUUAAUGCCAUCGCUGGAGCAUAUUCGGAGAUGGCUCCCAUCAUUCACGUUGUGGGGACGACUCCGACAAAUAUUCAGGACGCAGGAUUUUGCAUGCAUCACUCCCUGGGAGAUGGGAACUUUCGAGUGUUUGCCGAAAUGGCUGCAAAGGUCACGGUGGCUCAAGCGAACUUAAGAGAUCCCAAUACCGCCACGGCAGAAAUUGAUAGAUGCCUUCAAGCAUGUGUCUUGCACAGUCGACCGGUCUACAUUGAACUGCCUACCAAUAUGGUCAAGGCAAGAGUUUCAGCAGCAGACCUCGAGAAACCGAUCGACCUGUCCAUUCCAAUUAAUGAUGAAGGCUUUGAGGACACCGAGGUCGAACUGAUUCUGAGCAAGAUCUAUGCUUCAAAGCAGCCUUUCAUCGUUGUCGACGGCUUCACAUCACGAUAUGGAAUCAGCAAGGAAGCUGAUGAACUGGUUCGGGUGACAGGAUUCCCGACCUCUACCACCCCAUUUGGCAAGAGUAUUGUCAACGAAACCUAUCCUAAUUUCCAUGGCAUCUACGCCGGCCUCGCAGGCAACCAAAUCUAUAUGCCUUGGGCGCGUCGAUGUGAUCUAGUUCUCAGACUAGGUCCACUAAACAGUGAUAUCAACACAUAUGGAUUCAGUACGAUCCCCGAUCCCAAAGCAGCCAUCACGUUUGAUCGGGAUUUUGUCGAAAUUGAAGGGACCAAGUAUCACAAUCUGCAUGUCAAGUCAUUGUUGCGGAAGAUCCUUUCUCGACUUGAUAAGAGCAAACUUCCCACAUGCGAGCCUGACCUGGACUUGGGUGACCUCAGAGCCCAAUUGAAAGCACUUCCAUCUCCUGGACAGAAUGACAUGAUCGAACAAGCUACAUUCUGGCAACGAGUCUCCACCUUCCUCCGAUCAGGUGACAUUGUCCUGACGGAGACGGGCACUCCGUCUCUUGGUGGACGAGACCUUGUGCUUCCCGCGAACACCACCCUCAUCAACUCCUCAAUCUGGUCGUCCAUUGGCUAUAUGCUAGGGGCUUGCGCAGGCGCGGCUCUAGCCCAGCGCGAGAUGAUGGCCGAAGGGACUCGACCUCAAGGACGAACGAUCCUCUUCGAGGGCGACGGCAGUCUGCAAAUGACAGCCCAAGUAUUUUCGGACAUUAUCCGCAACCGCCUUGAUGUGGUCAUUUUUGUCAUGAACAAUGACGGAUACACCACCGAGAGAUGGGUCCACGGCAUGAAGGCGGGCUACAAUGAUAUCCAGCCAUGGAGAUAUUUGGAGGCACCAAACUACUUUGGCGCACCCAAAGACGACCCUGAGUAUCCUGUCUUCACCAAACGAGCUGAAACUUGGGGCGAGUUGAAUGCAAUCCUGGCCGAGCCAAAGCUGCAGCAAGGAAAAGGCCUGUGCAUCGUUGAGGUUAUCAUGACCAAAGAAGACGCUCCAGAGACAUUAAAGAAGUUGGUAGAGAGCACGUCUCGGAGAAAUAGUGGUGAAAUGGAGCGGCCCAAGGCCACAAAUGUGGAAGAGAAGGUUAUGAAGGUUGCUGGCUGA